AAACAAACUCUCUCUCCCGAUGAGUCUUCAUUCUCGCGAGUGAGAUAGUGUUUUCUGUCGUCGUCGAAACUGGUCCCUCUGUGUGAUAACUUGUCAUCAUUCCACCGUCGCCGCCGCUAUCCGUCAUCGUCGUUCCGCGGAACAACGGGAAAAUCUGGAACCGAUUCCGGUGGCCACUAGUGCGUGCGCGUGUGUGAGUGUCCACGGGACGUGUACGUUUACCGUCGCCGUCGUCGUAAUCUGAGCACUUUUCUCGUCUGUCUCUCUCGCCGAGUCUGCUCCUCUGCUGGAAGAAAUGUCGUUUGCGGAGCGGCUUGCCGGGCUGAUGGCCCGGCCCGGCGCGGAUAACGUUCCCCGGGAUGACGUCCCGUGGCACCUGAAGUACGGUGGCCGCGCCGUCGGCAUCGUGGGAGGAUUCUUCUGCGUCCUGUUCGGCCUGUGGAACUGCAUCGGCAUCCUGCUCGGUGACGUGGGCUGCCUGGUCGGCGGAAUCCUCGAGAUCCUCGUCGGCUUCGUGGUGCUCGCGAUAGAGGCGCCCUGCUGCUUCAUCUUCCUCGACUACGUGCAGCAGGUGGCGGAGAAGGCCGACCAGCGGCCGUACUGGAACCGGGCCGCCCUGUACUGUGUAAUUGCACUUCCGCCGGUGAUCCUGUGCUUCGGACUGGGAACGCUGUUCGGCUGCGGUCUGGUGUUUGUGACCGGAAUGAUCUACGGAAUGAUGGCCCUCGGCAAAAAAGGCACGCGUGAGGACAUGGCAGCGAUGGCGGCCUCGCCGAACGCAAUGUCCCCGGUACAGGGCGUACCGUCCACGGACCAGCACUCGACCCUGAUGGAAGAUCCCGACAGCGUCGUUUGCGGAAAUGCGGGCGGCGGCAGCAGCAGCAACGGCGGCGUCGGCGGCCUCGGCCGCUGAACAGGGUCGCUCGAACGGAAUGGCAGCGUCCGCGCCCGGUAGCCAGAAGCAGAGCUCGACCCUGGUAAACAACGUCCAGCCGAUCGCGUACAGCAUGCCGCCACCGUACGAUAGCGUAGCCUAAUACUAAUGAUGAUUAACGAUUGUAGUGAGGAAAAAGAAGAAGAAGAAGAAGAAUAGAAAGUUUGCAAAAAGACACAUCCCUCCCAAAAAACAAACACGCCCUUUCAUAGAGAAGAACAGAGAGAUUUCGAAAGAUCCUUUCCAUCCACGCGUCCUGUUCCUGAAAGUAAUGCUGAAAUUUAACAAUCCAUUCACACAAUGGAAUCCCCAUACUAACAAGCUGUCCUCCGUUAGGUUAGGCUCAUUAAGUUUCGGUCAGUUGAUUCGGGAGAGAUUUUAACGUGAACAUCCUCCACGAGUGGGGCUGUUCCAUACAAAUUAUGUGAAAAACAAUUUAACUUAAUGAUUAACACGCUAUCGCAAUCCAGCAAAGCAAGAAGUAAUCUACUGAUUUAGCAAAUAGUGAAUGUGUAUUAGCAAAGGUAUAAAUACAACACUGUUGUACAUUUUCCAAACACAGAACGUUGUCUAUAGUUAUUGUUGCUUCUGUGGUAGUGGUUGUUUUGAUGAAUCAACAUCACGACGCGAAUCGCUAUCGAGCUAGGUGAAGAUGCAGGCGUUAAUAUCAAGAGUUUAGUUUAGCCGAAUACACAUUAUUUAUUAUAACCUUGAUUAAUUAUGCUAAAUAUUCUGAUUGAUGAAAAAAGAGCUGAAGUGGAAAUUUAUUUGUUCGUUUUAGCGUUUUAGCGUUUUAGCGAGCAAAAUUCGAAGCGAAUGUACAGCGCGUUACAUUGUAGUGUGCACUCUUGUAAUAAGUAUCAACUAUAUUAUAAUUAUACUAAAGCUAAGACUGGCAGUGAGAAGUAAAACGAUAACUUGGAAAUAUUU